AUGAACCGCUUACGAAUCAUCGCCGAAACGGAUCGGCAAUUCAUUAUUCUCUCCGACCGUUCAACAUAUUUUGUACCCCUGCAACGGACUCAAAAAUUACGAGAUUCGAAUUUCAGAGAAUCAGAGGCAGCCUCAGAACGCCCAAAGAAUCCAAAGAGGCGUAAACUGAAUUCUGGUACAAAUUCAUGGAUGUCACGAUCGGCGAAAGAGGUGAAUAAGUGCAAAAAGCGUGAUGAUCACCAAUGCGUUUUGACGAGAAGGCCAGGUCCCCAGGCUGCCCAUAUAUUUCCUUAUUGCAUGCUCAAUCCACGCCCGAAAGCUGAUCGAAACAAUACGUCUAACGGGAUCCCCGAAUUUUGGGAAUCUAUACGAGUCUUCUGGGACGAGGACCGGAUCGAUAAAUGGAAAAGGACAAUCUUUCAAGAUCCUCAAAGUCCUUAUACCGGUGUUGACAGAUGCUUCAAUCUCAUCUCUCUCUCGGCUGACACACAUGAUGUGUGGAAUAGGGGGAUGUUUGCACUUAAGCCACUACGACUAUCAAGUGAUCGUAAGACCCUGACUGUUCAGCUCUUUUGGCAAGUUCCGACCAAGUACGAGAUUGACAGCCGGAUUGACUUACUUACGGAACCCAAAUCAUCAAAAGGCUUGGAUAUUGUCGAGAGAAAUUUCUUAAAUCGUCUUGAGGACGAUGGCUCCACUCCGCGUAUUUGUUCUGGAGAGAUCCUUACACUCACUACCAAGGACCCCGAGACUCUUAGAGAUGCAAUGGUUUCUCCAACGUCUCGUGGGAAUGUCUGGAUGGCCAACCCUGGACUUGGAUAA